GCUCCGGGCUGCAGCCACAGUCUGAACGGGCCUGUUGUUCAUCUCCUCUAAGCGUAGUCGAUAUUUUAUGUAUUUUACAUUACAUUUUAUUUAGAAUCUGUCUUUGAGUUGCCUCAGCAAAAUGCUGAGUGGUUUUAAGUUGGGCUUUUAUUGUGAAGGGCAGAACGGAUGAAGGGAGCGGAUGCGCUGUAGUCUGUCUGACGGACAUAAAUAAAGUUCCGGACACGGCGGCGGGAGAAACCCGGUGAAAACAAAAGUUACUGCCCGCCUUUGGAACACCGCACCCCGGUUCAACUCACCGCGGGACGCCGACGUGCGUGGAACCAGUUCCCGCAGCUCGUGUUAGCACACGCCUAGCGUUAGCUAGUAGCAGAAUGAAAUCUGUGUAAAAGAAGAGACACAAAGGAGUUCCCCUUCAUCACUGGUCGGAUAAUAAGGACGAUCAUGGGCCCACAUGGCGUCAACCGAGCCGUUCAGAGGCUCGAGUUCUGCGACUGCAAGAAGGGACUUGGAGUGAAGGUCAUCGGAGGUCACCGGGAGCUGACGGGAGAAGAGUUCGGCAUCUACGUGAAGCGAGUGAUCGCCGGAGGGUUGGCAGCUCAGGACGGUCGGUUAAGGUCAGGUGACCUGAUUCUGGACGUCAACAACAUCAGUCUGAUGGCGGUGACCAAUGAGAGGGCGGUGGACAUCCUGAGGACGGCCUCGCUCUCCAAUCACAUGUCGCUGCUGAUCGCCAGGGACGACGAAUCCAGGAGGGAGUUUGCUGAGCUGAUGGAGAAGUACGGCUCCAAUAACGUCACCGCUUCAGGAAGAAUCUCUCCCACUUUACUGUCCACAGGGAAGCUGACCGACGCCUCCUCUUCCUCCUCCUCCAGAUCGGAGAGUCCUCAGCUCCUCAGUCCUAAAGAGGGCGUCGCCGGCCACGUGCCCCCAUGCCCCGCCUCCUCCCCCUACACCGCGCACGCCUUCAGUGACAGUGUCAUUCAGUUGAUAUGCGUUGCCAAGGGAACAGGCCUGGGGCUCAUCGUGAAGGGCGGGGCCCACCGUGCCGAAGGACCAAUGGUGUUCAUUCAGGAAGUAGUGCCUGGAGGAGACUGUCAGAAGGACGGCAGGCUGCAGGUCGGGGAUCAGCUGGUGUCCGUCAACAAAGAGUCUCUGAUAGGCGUGACGUACGAGGAGGCCCGGAGCGUCCUGACUCGCACCAAGCUCAGACCCGACCCGACGGUGGAAAUCGCCUUCAUCCGGCGGAGGUCGUCCUCCAGCUCCAGCAGCGGCCCCCACAGCCCCGGCUCCCUGCCGGGGUCCGGAGGGGGAGGGGGGCCCCAGACCAGGGCCCCCGGGCCUCCGCAGCCAGCCUUGGUCACAAAGAUCACCUCCAGUCCGAACCCUGCCAGCGAGAUGCUGCCGGCCGUCAGCAUGAGCCAGGUGCGAGUGUCUCCAGUCAGAUCAGAACAGACGCAGAGUGACGUCGCCCCUGAAACAAACACUGAGCCAAUCGGCUGUCAGCCCCCGGCGCCGCACAGGAAGGGCUCGCAGGGCGCCGUCUGUCACCUCAGACUGGAGAGGAUGGAGCAGGCUCUGGAGCUGGUUGGUCUGAAGCCCACAGAGGCUCAGCGACAGGCGCUUGGGUCCCGACUACGAGCUGAUGCGUCGGGGACGGUGGCGUUCACAGAUUUCCAGAGUCUGAUCAGGGAACUGUUCCGGCCUCAGCUGGAGGAGCUGUCCAUCACUCGGCCGGGGUCAAGGUUCACGUCUGAUGACCUGUCCAGUGUGUUGGAGUCACCCAGCAACCUGUGGCCGUCACUGUCGGACUCGGAGGACCUGGAGGAGAUGGAGAGGCUGAGGAAGGAACACAUCGAGGCUCUGAGGGAGAUCAAGAGGCUGCAGGAGCAGCUGGUGGAGUCUCAGAGAGUUCACCAGCAGAUGGAGGAGGAGCUGAGUCGAGUCAAACAGGAAGUGAAACAUGGAGCGGAGGAGAGUCGGGCUCUGAGGACUCGGGUCCAGCUGGCCGAGGCGGCCCAGAAGCAGGCGAGGGGGAUGGAGAUGGACUACGAGGAGGUGAUCCACCUGCUGGAGGCCGAGAUCGCCGAGCUGAAGACCCAGAGAGCGGAGCAGCCGCAGGUGUCGACCAAUAAGGACGGGACGGACGAGCUGAAGAAGAGAGUGGCCGUGGCGGAAUGUCAGCUACGGAAGAGCGAAGCGGCCAAAAAGAGCUUCGAGAUGUCAACGGGAAAACUGCUGAGCUUUGUCGAGAACGUUCAGGAGUUCCUGCUCGACGGCCACGGACCAACCAAGAGCUUCAGGUCCUCCUCCCUCCUCCUCCUCAGCUCUGGAGACGUUAAAGUCGGCGCGGCGCCUCAGGGCCUCGCUCCUCGCUGUAAGAAGAGUCCGUGGACGGCGACCUCGCUGGCGCAGGAGGCGAAGGAGCUCACACGGACUGUCAGAGCCAUUCUGGAGGUCGACUUGCUGACCUUCUAGAGGACGCGCCUGUCGCAGAGGGAGGCCGGCGAGGCGUCAGCGGGAAGUCGCCAGCCGCCGUGAAUCCAAGCGCUCUUCCCUGUCAACUCCUCGUCUCCUCACUUCCUGCUCGUAAUGGACUCGUGUCUUAGCUCUGCAUGAAAUAAAAACUUUCAUUCAAUGUUAAACACACCAACAAGUCAAUGUUAUCAUGUCACACGUCAUGGUUAUUAUAUCACAUGGUUGGUUAUUAUAUCACAUGGUUGGUUAUUAUAUCACAGGGUUGGUUAUUAUAUCACAUGGUUGGUUAUUAUAUCACAUGGUUGGUUAUUAUAUCAUACGGUUGGUUAUUAUAUCACAAGUUUGGUUAUUAUGUCACAGGGUUGGUUAUUUUAUCACAUGGUUGGUUAUUAUAUCACAGGGUUGGUUAUUAUAUCACAUGGUUGGUUAUUAUAUCACAUGGUUGGUUAUUAUAUCAUACGGUUGGUUAUUAUAUCACAAGGUGGGUUAUUAUAUCACAAGUUUGGUUAUUAUAUCACAGGGUUGGUUAUUAUAUGACAGGGUUGGUUAUUAUAUCACAAGGUUGUCGUUCACUGUAGCAGACGCUAGUUACCUGAUCAAUGUGUAGCUUUGUGCAGUAGAUUAACGAAACAAAACGUAGAGAUGUCACCAAACACCACAAGGGGGGGAGACCCUGAAGGCCUCGCUCAGCUGAGGUCAGGGGGGAGGAGUUCCGACACAGGACAGUUCCUUAUUGGACGCUUCAGACGCUUCAUCAUGUGCUGUAAAUCCUUUUGUCCUUUUUUGGAGUAAAUAUUCUGAAACAAA